AACGUCAGUGGAUUAUGCAUGUAUUACGCAAAUUUCUUUUAAAUUAGUUCAAAAAAUAUAUAAAUAGGGGGCAAAUCCUCCAGCUUGAUUGGCAUUGGCCGUAUUUUAAUUUUUUAAUAGUCAGUGCGUUUUGAUUCGUCCCCCUGUCAUAGAUAUUUGUUCGAAGUUCAAAGUGUCAAGUAACGGAAGAGACAGAAAAUAUUUGUGUUCAAUUUAGUAAAAUAAUAGAGUAAAGAGUAAUUAUUUUAAUUUUAUGACGUGUGAACAUAAGUAUUUCUUUGUUCAAAAUUGUGUUGUGAUAAAUAAGUUCAGUGCAAACCAAUUUUACUCAUUUCCAGCUCUAGUCAUGUCUUAUAUCCAGUUAUCUGCAUCUGAACUGAAAGUGUAAGUUAUUAGAUAGUCAGUAUUGUUAAACAAUCAAAAGUUUAUGCUGUUUUAAUUGAAGCUUUAUUAGCUAAUCAAAUCAAUAUGCAGCGCUGGUUUUUCUUAGAGGAUCCAAGUUCUUCCGAAAUUCGCAAUGGUAAGCCCGAAACCAGAGUUUCAAGUACCUCACUAAAGUCAGCUGAGUACACUCCUAAAAAAUGGUUAUUCCGUGUCAGAGUACCUGAAGUAUUAAGAGGUGAUGAACAUGUUUGUGUUUGUGGGGACCUGCCAGAGCUGGGCUCUUGGCAGCCCGAAAAAUGUGUACCCUUAAUAAGGGAAGAAGAUUCAGACAUUUGGUCUGCGAUUAUCGAAAUACCUGAAAAGAAGAAGGUUGAGUUUCGGUACUGUGUUUGUAUACUGGUGGAACUUGGUAUACAAGUAAUAGUGAGGAGCUGGGAGACAAACCUUCAGGCUAGAUCUGUUGAUUCCAUUUCUGGUAAUUCUCCUACGUUAGAUGAGGAGCCUCAUGAAUAUGGAUGUUACGGUGAUUCUGAACAUAUUGAUAGGGGUUGGCUAAGCAAAGAAACUGUCAUUCAAUUGAAACUGUGCAAUAACCCCUUAGUACUCUUUAGGCCGAAAUAUCAAAAUAGGAAUAUAAAUAUUAAAGUCACUCCCGUAAACCUAACACGCUCUAACACUGGCUUUGCCAAGACUAUGUCCGAAGCUUUAGAAGAAUCUUUAAGUGCAGAUACUCAGGAUUCAGUCGAGGCUCCCAGACACGCUUUCACAGAAGUAGCUAGCUUAAAUGCAGAGGAUCCUAGUUUUCAUCCUCAAAACCAAUUCGGCAAUGAGUUGAUUAAAGAUGAUAUGUUAAUUUUCCAAUCUACAGUGUUGUUUCCCUCUACUAUUGCUUUCUUAAUUGAUCUCUACAUCUACAGCUCUCGUUCUGGAGAGGGAGAGCCACCAUACCAUGCGGGUUUUAGUUACCUCCUACCUUCAGUAUUGCAAGGAUCUGAAGGUAAUUAUGUAUUACCAGUGACAAGUACAAAACACCGUCCGUUAGGUGAAAUUAGGAUAGGAUAUUUAGUGAUUGGUCCGAUGCCUAACUUCAAAUGUGAUAUGUUUAUUUCUUAUGCAAGGCAUUGGAAAAAAACCAGAUCUGGCCUUGAUGUUGGUCAUAGAGGCUCUGGUUCUAGUUUUAAAACGAAAGUACAAAAUUGCGCAGAGGUUAGAGAAAAUACCAUAGCUAGUUUGAAGAAUGCCAUCGAGCAUGGAGCUGAUUUUGUAGAGUUUGAUGUACAGUUGAGUAAAGAUUUAGUGCCUAUAAUUUAUCAUGAUUUUCAUGUUUGUAUAUCCAUGAAGAGGAAAAAGGAAUUAGCUGAAACUGAUAUGCUGGAGAUACCGUUGAAAGAGCUGACGUUGGAUCAGUUGAGGUUGUUAAAGGUUUACCACUUGACAGAAGGUAAAUCUAAAAACCAAAGGUUCUUCGACGAGGAACUAGAUGAUCACCAACCGUUUCCCACCCUUCAACAAUGCUUGGAGACUCUGGAUAGCCAUACUGGUUUCAACAUCGAAAUCAAAUGGACCAUGCAACUCAACGACGGAUCCUACGAACUCUACCACCCAACUGAUCUCAAUCUGUACCUGGAUACGAUACUCGAUGUAGUACUUCGAUACGGUGGUGACAGGAGGAUAAUAUUUUCCUGUUUCAACCCGGAUAUCUGCCAAGUGAUCAGGCUGAAGCAGAAUAAAUAUCCUGUGAUGUUCCUAACCGUCGGGGAAAGCCAGAUUCAUGCUAAGUAUAGAGAUCCAAGGUGUUGGUCCAUACCGGCUGCAGCACAAUAUGCGAAGAUGAUCGAGAUUCUGGGUAUUAAUGUACAUACGGAAGACCUGUUGAGAGAUUCUAGUCUGGUUAAACAUGGUGCUGGCCUUAUACUCUUCUGUUGGGGCGACCAAAACGCAGACCCUGCCACCAUCAAGUUCCUCAAACAGCUCGGCCUUCACGGAGUCAUCUACGAUAAAAUCCACGAGUACAACAACACGGACAAAAAGGAAAGCAUCUUCAUGGUGGAAGCGAGAGAGUCGCAAAAAGAACUAAUUCGUCUUGCUGCUGCAACGUCAGAAGCGCCGCAAAGUCCACCCCCACAAGCCAUCAUCAAAGAACCUGUACUGGAUUUCCAUAUGGUGAAAGGACAGUUGGGCGAUAAGAUAUCGACGGCCACUUCUCUGGAGUCUCUAGAGAGUCGUCUUUCUGAACAAGACGAGAUCAAAAAGUUGGGUUAGGCUACAAGAAGAAACAAAUACCCAAAACAAAAAAAAUUAAAUGCAAAUAUGUCAAUGAAAAGGAAAAAUCUAGCUAAUAUUAAACGUUGAAUUUGAUGAAUUAAGUUUACUUACAAAAUUUUAUCAUUGCAUUUCAAGUUGGAUUACCAGAACAAACGUACUAAACUCAAGGUAAUGAGCUUUAAUGUAUUUUGAUUAAUUCAACUACUUUUAUUCUAUAGUCCGUCCCACCUUGACUUUAGAGUAUAGGGAACAUAGGCAAUGCAGUCCUUAUGAGAGUUUUUAGAGCGGUGAUGCCGAUUUUAUCAAAAAGAAUUUGUAAUUGAACAUUAGAGAGAUUAAAUUAAAACUGUUUUAGGCUGUGAAAAACAAUCUAAAAUUUUAGGAUUCAUAUGCGUAAUAAUAAUAGUAAAUCAAAUAAACUUAAAGGCAUACGAAUCCUGAAAUUAUAGAUUGUCUUUCUAAAACAGUUUUAAUUUAAUCUCGUAAUGUUCAAUUACAAAUUCUUUUUGAUAAAAUCGGCAUCACCGCGCUAAAAAUGCGGUGUUGUUCCCUAUACCACACUAUACUGUAAAGUUAAGGUGGGACGGACUAUAGUAUACUCGGUUUAUUUAUAUUUGGGAUUGAUCAUUAAGUUAGCGUAUGCUAUAUCGUCGGCUCUAUGUUGUAUGAUACCAUUAUAUGUCAUAUCUCUGCUGACGAUAUGAUCCUCCAAAAAAUAUCUGUUCUUCUUUUUUCGGUGCCCAACGUGCUGUCAAAAUGAAGUCAAUAUGGCGGCUGGGCGGCAAACAUAAAUGGUAGUCUGUUCUUAAUGUGCUGUAGAUCAUUUUAGUUACGUUUCUUUGUAAUUUUAUUUUGUACAAGGAUUAAUUUAACAUUUUCACUGGAAGCAUUAAUUUCAAAAGAUAAUAUGCCUCAUUCCUGUUGUGUAUUGAAAAAGUUCAGUUUUAUUGGUUACCCUCAAUUCUACAUUUUAAGUUUCCUCUUCUUUUUGUGUAGACAUGACUCUGUUUUCCAAUGUGCCUCCAGUAAGUUGUUAUUCCAUCGUUUUCGUGGUCUUCCCACUGAUCGUCUUCCUAUUGGGGAACCGUCUCUCGUCGUCCUUACUACUCUAUACAUUUUAAGCAUAACACUAAACUAAAUAAGUUAUCAUCCGAGAGACAAAAACAAUGGUUAAAUGUUAUAAAAUGUCCUAUAUAAAUGCUAAAUAACUAACUGUGUCCAUGUUACUUACGCUUGGAAUCUUGCUCCACCGUAGGUUAAAUCAGACUCAUUGCAGGAAAAUGAAUCUAUAUUAUUUAUUUUGCCAAUCUUUUGCUUGUAACCAGCAACAUGCAUAUUGUCUACCAACAACUUAUUCAGGUUUACUUAUUCACUGCUUAGAACUAAAUCAAGUCGUUCAAGUACUUUCACAACUAAGAACUACAUAAAAUCAACAACAAAAUGUUCGGAAAAAACAACUAAAAAACUAUUAAAGGUAAAAAACUUAAAAAACACAAUGUGGUACAAAUAUAAACAAGCACAAUGUUUGACAGUUUGGCUCUCAGCGGUAUCAUAAACGUCAAAGUCUUGGAAAACCCUAUUAGGUCCGGCUAACGUUAACAAUUAAUUAGCCAGUCGGUCCUAGUCUUCAGCUAAUCAGAAUAGUUGUUCGACACUGCGUAUUCUUCUUAUUCUUCUAUGAAAAAUGCUAAUAAAAAUGUUUAAUGUGUGAUCAAACAUCAAACUAGUUAACCUGUAAACUAAAAGAAAAGAAAAGAUGGUUCAGAUUCGAUUACAGUACAGAGCCUCUACUAUGUGCUUAUACGUAUUUCGGAAUAACCGUUUCCGGGUAAUUAUCCUUUCAUCCUUUCCGGGUAAUUAUCAAAAUAAUUACCAAAGAUGCUACUAGCACCGUCUAUGAAUCAAAAGUCUAAUAAGUCAGGAAAUAAAAUUCGAAAUUAUUUAUCCUUUCAGCUUUUUAAGUUGGAAAAAUAAAGCAUAACAGUAUGUCGAGUAUUUCGCCACUCUGUUAUGCUUUAUUUUUCCAACUUAAAAAGCUCAGAGGAUAAAUAAUGUCGAAUUUUAUUUCCUGGCUUAUUAGACUUUUGAUUCAUAGAUGGUGCUAGUAGCAUCUUUGGUAAUUAUUUUGAUAAUUACCCGGAAAAGAUGAAAGGAUUUGAUUUCAGUUCAGUGCCUCUACCCAGGUGCUCCGAUGAGGAAACGAUUAUUCCGAAAUACGUGUAAGCACAUAGUAGAGGCUCUGUACUGUAGUUGUAUCUGAACCAUCUUUUCUUUUCUUUUGGUUUAUACUUUAUUCACCUUUGGUGGAUAUUAAAGGAAAUAGUUCGCUAAAAUUAUUAUCACGGUGAAUGACAGGACGUGAAAUGCAAUUUAGAUUUCCCUUGUCGAGUAUUUCGCCACUCUGCUAUGCAUUAUUUUUCCAACUUAAAAAGCUCAGAUGAUACAUAAUUUCGAAUUUUAUUUCCUGACUUAUAAGACUUUUAGUUAAUCUGUCUUCGUCGCAUCUUUUUGCCCGUUGCUUCAUCGGAAUUGCUAUGAAAACAUAGUUAAGCCAUUCCUCACGUAUUUCAUUAAUAGUAUACACGUCAUUAAAAAGCUUAACCCAUUCGCUGCCGAUUAAAGAGGAUGGAACUCUGUUAGGAACCGUUUUGUAGAACGGCACCUAACUGAAGCAACCGUAUCACUCGCUGGCGCGUGAACGGUACCUGACUGAAGUAACCACAUCACGCGAAUGGGUUAACAAGAGCAUUAAUGUGAUCCUUUUGUCAUUUUUAAGAGUUCAGCUGACAUGUUGUCUGGUCCAGUUGCUUUUUUGGUUUUGGAUGAUCUUAUUGCAUGAACCUUAGACAAGGAAAGAGAGAGGACGAGUAAUCCUAUGACCAAAAGUGAAGCCAAACCGCCACCAGAGAUUUUAAUCAGCGACGUAUCUUUGGGGUAUUGUGAUGGAUCGAGUAUUUAAAAUGAUAAAAUGAAAUGUAUUUAAAAUGAAAAAUUUGUGUACGGUAAAUGUUUAUUAAGUUGCUCAUAUUAAAAUUUUUAAAAAUAAUACGUACAGUCACAAUCACUGAAUAGUUUGCACCCUUUAAUAUCCAGUGGCCAAUUUUUUGAAUUUUUACCUCGUUUAAACGCACCUUCUACAUCAAAGUGACGUUACCAGUGGCGGACCCAGAAUAGGUUGAUUAAAAUUAAAAAAUCAAAAUCAAAUAAAUCUAUUUUACAAAAUUUAACAAAACGGAAAGUAUAGAAACGGCAUUUUUUUUUAAAUAAAAUUGAGUUUGGCAAUUACUUUUGGUUUUGCGCGUGAUAUAAACGGCAUUUUGGACGCUUUUAAUAGCUUCUUAUUUUAUCUAACAAUAAAAAACUGAAAACGUUUGUUUUCUAUACUUCCACAAAAUUUAUUAUAUCUAAGUGACUACAGCUGUUUCGGCGGAGUGCCUUUCGGCGGAGUGCUUCUUAUUUUAUUUUUCAAUACGCACUAAAAUUUUUUACAAGCAAUUUGACAUUUAGUAAAUCCGUACGACACUGCGAUUUUACAGUAUUACAAUAUAAAAAUAAAGGUGUAAACUAUUCAGUGAUUGUGACUGUACAUAUGUUUUUAUUACGAAUUUUAGAUGAGGAUAAAUUUGAAAUACAUCCUAAGAGGAUCUAUAAUUUCUGAUAUUCGUUGUGUACUAAAAUAAAUUCUAACAUUCAAAUAUUUUAAAAUUUUAGAUUCUAUUACAAAGUAGAUAUAUGAUUUAUUGAUCACGUUAAAAAACAUGGUCUUUAAGAUUUAUAAUGCAACUGAAUGCAUUCAAAGACAAUUUUAUUUUUUGUAAUUGAACAAUUUUAGUUGUAUUUAAAGAAGUUUCAUAUAAUUUUAUAAAAUUGUUUUGAAACUCGACAAAAUUUCUAUUAACCUUGUCACCAUAUGGAUCCACGAGGGUGAAUUUUUACAUUGCCUGGCGCAUGCGCACACCGACGGUAUAGUAUUAGUUGCUACAUAUUUUAGGUUAUGUAUCGCAAAUAAGGUGUGCGCGAAAAGAAUAAAUAUAUUAUUAGUGUUUUUAGUAAAUAUAUUUAUUAUAAUUUUUAUGUCUGUGGAUCUGUCUUCCUCCUUAUUAUUGAAAAUGUCUAUUUUCAAUUAAUGUAUCUGUCACCGUGAUUGUAAUUCUGUCCGAGAAAUGAUCGACUAAAUACAAAAGCGGUGGUAGCUGAUCGGUAGUGCAUUCGUCUAGGGAUCGAGAGGUCCCCUGUUCGAAUCCUGACAAAGUCAUAUCCUUUUUUUUUAAUAUUUGGUAUUCUUUUUGUUCUUUCUAAAAUUAGUUUAAUAUUUAAAUACAAUACAAAAAGAACUGUUAGUAGAUAGGUAUAUUGAUUUCGUUGAAAUCAUAAUAUGAAGUUAGGGUAUAUUAUAAUAGAAGUAUAACUUCUUACGUGCGUAGAAAGUACACACACAUUCUUUUUUUAUGACAUUUUAACCCUCAACGAACACCCACCACUGGCAACCCAUUGUUAUAUUUGAUGUGACCGCCAUGUUUUUGGUGGCAAACAAACUCCAAACUGGCUUCACUUUUUGAACGUCUAUUAAAUGAGUGUUACCCGUCCUCUCUCUUUCCUUGUCUAAGGCAUGAACAAUGAAGGAAUUAGCGAAUGAAAAUUGUUUGCGCAUCUUAUGGUUGCGACGUCUAGUCUACUCUCCAAAUCUCGCACCACCUAUCGACAAGUUUUAGGUGAUUUUUAGCUUGCCUUUGUGUUUAAUAAUGAAACAUUAAUAAUUAUCGCUUAUAAGAAAUUACACUGAUGCUUAGAAUCCCCAAUAGUAAUAGUCAAAGCCAGCCGCUGCUUGCUUAUGCUUAUAUAAUCAGAACGAACUGUAAGUCAGUUCGUUGAGUAUUUUGGAGGUGGAGAGACUUCUGGACUUUGUAGGACUUCUGGAGAAUACUAGAGAAGACUCUAGGAGAGACUUCUGGACUCUCUGAUGCACAGGGCCGCAAUUAGGGGUAUGCGACUCACAACAAUAUUAUAGCGAAUUAAUUUCGUAGAUCACAGCCGAGUUUUAUCGAAAGUUACAUGCGGCAAGCAGAAACUUGUCAAUAUGAAGAAUCAGUGUUGCAAAAUAUUUAGACAUUUUCAACGUGUGUCAAUAUAACAUACAGUCGACGAUAUAAUUGACUUUUUCCCACACAUCGACGUUUUAUAAUAUCUAAAUUUUUUCUUGUACAUUUAAAGUAUUUUAGAAAUAUUUAAAGAGUUAUAAUGUUGUUCAAGAUAUUUAUACAAAGCAAACAGUGAUAUUAAUUAAAGAUUAUUGAGGGAG